AAAUCAAGAGUGGAAGUACCCUUUCUUGGCUUGGGCAAAUGGAUUCUCAAACACAGAACACAUCACUGCAGCGUCUUCAGAAUGUCGAGAAGCGAAUUGUGAAGGUCUUGGAGUUAGCUGGUGGAGUGAUGGAUGAGCUCGCAAAUCCUGCAGGACCUAGGAAAGAGUUUGUCAACAACCAUUGCCGUGAAUUCAUGCAGCUGAUCAAGGACAUUCAGGUGACCUUACGAGACGAGAUUAAAAGCGCAUGCGAGUACCGCCCUUUCGAGAAGUGCGACUACAGCUCGAGAAUAGCAAACGAGAUCUGCCUCAAGAAGCUUGAGUAUUUUGCUUCCCAGCUGGAUGGAAUGAAGGAGACCAUCGAUCAAUUUCAUGAUGCAGCUUGAUGGUUUUAUUAAGAGAGGCAUUAGAGAAUUUUAAGGAACCUUUGAGUCAUGGGGGUAGUUAACAAGUGGUCUCUUUGUGCACUGUUUGCUGCGGUAAGAUGUUUCUUCUGUUACGUGAAGUUGGUUGCUUCGUUUUGAUCC